UCCAAUUUCUUUUUCAUUUAUUGCGUAAAAGAAGAUCAGAAAACAAGAUCACGCUUCUCCAUUUAUCACACGUACAGAGACGAACACUAUUAGAGUAACAUAUGUAAAUAUUUAUUCCUCGAUGUUAUAAAAAAUCACAGAUCUCUUUAUCAGUGGGAAAAUCAAGUGUUGAAAUUCCAGGCUAAUUCACAGUCUCAUUGAUAACGUCCAUCCCCAUGAUAAGUCGGCUCGAUAUAUUCCUUAUCCUACCAUACAAAAGUAUCAAAUGUCCGCGCUUUCGGAUUUAGCAGCAGACGAUCUCAUCUUUGAGCUCGGCGAUGUAUGUUUCCUCAUGGAUCUUGAACGUACUUUAUCUGUGUGGAUUAAUAUUCCUCCUCUCCUUCUGUAGUGUAUUGUCUGCCCAGGACGACGAUGACAAUGACGACAUUAGCAACGAAUCAGUAUACAGACGGACAGACGAGCAAAUCGCUUCAAAGAGUAAAGUGGACAAAUUGGGCCCAGUGUUGAAGCGACACAUCCAGGCUUUACGCCAAGUUAGCAACAAAAAGGUGGACAUCGUAUUCCUAGUGGACAGUUCAGCCAGUGUGGGACCACGUGAUUUCGAAUACGAGAUCAAAUUCGUCCGGAAGCUGCUGGCAGACUUCACGGUCGACUCUAAUCACACGAGAGUUUGUGUGAUCACAUUUUCCUCCAAAAAGCGUGUGCUAAGGCAAAUUGAUUACGUGGGUCAGCCCUUAGUAGACAAAAACAAGUGCACUUUACUGGAGGAAGAUGUUCCUAAUAUCAGAUAUGUAGGGGGUGGGACAUACACUCUGGGUGCCUUCCUAGAAGCCAAGGAUGUGUUGAGAACCUCCAGAAAAGAUUCAGAAAAAGCCGUUUUCUUGGUAACAGAUGGAUUUUCUAAUGGUGGGGAUCCGAGACCGGAAGCCAAGUACCUGCGUGAUCAAGGCGUUAAAGUUUUUACAUUUGGCAUACGCAAUGGCAAUGUUCGGGAGUUGUUGGAUAUGUCGUCAGAACCUAAAAACGAGACCUGUUACGUACUGGACAGCUUCGAGGAAUUCGAAGCGCUUGCGCGACGAGCCCUUCAUGAAGAUUUAGGAACAGGGUCGUAUGUGACGCAGCCGUCAGACAAAUGUCGACAUCUCUGCAUUAAUCGGUCGCCAUGCUGUGACAAGAAAGCAAGCUGUCGCUGUGGAACCCAUUCGGGUAACUUUGAGUGCGUCUGUCGGGAGGGGUAUUACGGCACAGGGCUUCAUGGAGAAUGCUAUCCUUGUCCAUCUGGAACAUAUAAAGAUGAACGUAUCCUUGGCGACGAAUCCACGUGCAAGAAAUGCCCUGAUGAGAAUCAGUCAACGGACCUCGGAUCUACUCACUUGAGCCAGUGCUCGUGUAAAAAAGGAUUCAGGACCUUCAACGGGACGGGAUGCUCUGUUCUCCGCUGUCCUGAGCUUCAGAGACCGAAUAACGGCUACUUUGUCAAUGACUACUGUGAUAGCGUGUUUAACGCAGCUUGUGGCAUCAAGUGUAAACCUGGGUAUGACCUGAGGGGCAACAGUCUGAGAAUAUGUCAGGAAAAUGGACAGUGGUCAGGGGAGACAGCAGAGUGUGUCAUGAAAACGUGUCCGCCGCUUCCUAAACCCAAACACGGGAACAUGAUCUGUGACCAUGACGAUUUUUCAUUCUCCACCGUGUGUCGCUUCACGUGUGACACGGGAUACAAACUGGUGGGGUCACGGAAGAGAGAAUGUCUGGCCAUAGCUUACUGGACAGGGAUUCCCACGCGCUGUAAAGAGAUCACGUGUCAACCACUGCCACAAGUACGGGACGGGGUGGUCAAACCUUUGGCCUGCACCGCGGGGGAGGUGUCAUUCGGAACCAUCUGUCAGGUGGAGUGUCUCUCCGGAUACUCUCUGGUGGGACCGGAGAGGAGACAGUGUACACCAGAGGGAAUGUGGGCCCCGGAAUCUUACGGAGAGAUGAGCCGUUGUGAAGAUAAGUCCCCGCCCUACUUACUUUGUCCUCCAGAUGUCCAGUUCAUUGCUCCAGAUGACGACAAUACGGUAGAGGUCAUGUGGCAGGUCCCACUGGCGCUAGAUAAUUCCGGAUUGAUACCGAUCAUGACGGUAGUGCCUGCAGUGGAGCCACCAAAACGUUUUCCUAUAGGUCUGACGUACGUGAAGUACAUGGCGGAGGAUCUCAGUGGAAAUAGGGAGAAGUGCAGAUUCUCUGUCGUCAUCACAGACAUAACACCACCCAGAGUAGACAGUUGCUUUUCUCCCAAUCCAUUUGUGUCCUCAACCUUCUAUGCAGAAGUCAUCUGGGAUGAACCUCAGUUUAGCGAUAACUCAGGAGAGACUCCGAGAAUAGAGAGAACACAUGCGCCGGGGCUGUUUCCUCGGGGUCUUACCAUAGUGACAUACAUGGCCUUUGAUGAGAGUGGAAAUAAUAAUACGUGUGAAUUAGAAGUACAAGUUAUACCUCAUCCCUGUCAGUACCCACUGGAGCCAGUGAACGGACAUCGUUAUUGCUACGAGACUGCUGAGGGGGUUUACUGCAAUAUUUCCUGCAAUGAUGGGUUUGCGUUCGCUAUUCCGCCCGCUGAUGUGUACUUUUGUGCUUAUGACAACAUGUGGACUCCUACAAACAAAUUGCCUAUUCCUGACUGCUCAGUCCAAACGGCGACCAAUAGCAUAGAACUUCCGGCGUCCAUUACUUAUAUUGCUAGUGUACCCUGUCGAGACCACUUGGUGUUGAACCAGAUCCAAAACAACUUCCAUAUCAGAAUUUCUGGUGUUAUAAAUGGUUUGUGCGCCGAAAACAUGAUCUGCGACGUGGAUGAAAUGGAGGCGACAUGUGAAGAAGAGGUCGAAGAUUUCAACCGAAUAAAGAUUAUUCUUGGACGAAAGCGUCGUGAUAUCGUUCGAAUUGUCUCUCAAGAUUCUGGAGAAGAUGCAGCUAUUUCUGAGAGAGAAGUAGACAGUUCUAUCACAUUUGAAUUUGUGGUCAGAGGUCAGUACAGACAACCCGUGACCCCCGGGGAGACCGUGAAACAGAGCCAGAAGAAGGUGACGGAACACCUUAAUGGAAUGCUGAAUAUAGUGAACAGCGAGGGAAGCGGGGGGACCCUAGACUUGGAGGUAGGGGGCAGCAAUGCCAAGUUUGCCAAUCUGACGGUCAGUAAAUCCGGUCCACGGUACAAAUGUAAGGAAGGAGGCGUUUUAGUCAACACGUCUUGUGUGAAGUGUCCCGUGGGAACUUUCUUUAAUGUGGUGUCAGAGUCGUGUUCCGGAUGUGCGAUAGGAACCUAUCAACCGCAAGAGGGCAGUGUUUCGUGUUUAGUUUGUCCUGUCAACACCACCACCGAUCACAAUAAUUCCAAAACCGAAGACGAAUGUAAAGCCCAGUGUUUACCGGGAACGUAUUCUAAAGAUGGUCUGGAAAGAUGUGCCACCUGUGAAAUUGGAUUCUAUCAGCCGAAGUAUGGACAAACGUCAUGCAGGAAAUGUCCUCCGGGCACUACCACAAAACGACGGGGGUCAAGGAUCAUAGAGAAGUGUGAAGAGCCUUGUGAGCCCGGAUACGUAUCCUCAUCCGGUCUGAAACCAUGUUUUCCGUGUCCCAAGGGGACAUACCAGUCAGAUCCGGGCCAGACCGCGUGUUUUGAGUGCCCCAAGAAAACGUUAACCCCUUUCAUAGCAUCUACUAAUGUCGUCGACUGCCAAGGUUCGAAGGAGCCGAGUGGAAACCAGCUACAGGCGGACGAACCAGCUGACGUGCUUGUGUUCAAUGAGUGUUUCGAGGACAAAUGUCAGAACGGAGCCACUUGUCGCCCUAAACCAAUUGGGUUCACGUGCGAUUGUCUUCCGGGAUAUAAAGGGAUCCACUGUGAAUCCAGAAUUGACCACUGCGAGGGUACGCCGUGCUUGAACGGAGGAACCUGCACCAAUCACGUAACUAACUACAGUUGUACAUGUCCCACGGGCUUCACAGGUGAUAAGUGUGAGGUAAAUGUAGAUGACUGCGCCUAUGAGCCGUGUGAAAACAACGGGACAUGUCAAGAUCUUGCGAAUGCUUUCACCUGUAGCUGUCCAGAAUACUUCAAAGGAACAACGUGCAACGUAACUGUUGACUUUUGUAGAACUUCGCCCUGUCUCAAUAAUGGUACUUGCCAUCAGGAAUUAGGGGGAUACAAUUGUACCUGUCCUAGAGGUUUUCGGGGGACAAACUGUGAAAUUAAUCACGACGACUGCGACAGUGGUCCGUGUCAAAAUGGUGGGUCGUGUGAAGACGGAAUAGCGACAUACAGAUGUCAGUGUUUGGUUGGUUUUACCGGACACCAGUGUGACAUUAACAUAAAUGACUGCGACCCGAAUCCGUGUGUGAACGCCACCAGAUGCGAAGACAGUGUCAACGGUUUCAUUUGUCACUGCUCAAAGGGCUUUUCAGGAGAACGAUGUGAAAGAGAGCUUGAAAUGAACUACUUGCUUGAGUUCCCGUAUGCUGGGACGUUCAAUUACACGGCAACUACGAUUGAACGAGACCUAUCUGCAGUGACCGUCUCCUUUUGGAUGAAAACAAAUGACACCAUUAACCAAGGAACUCCGUUUUCCUACUCUUCCAGUUCCGAUAUGGACAAUGCACUCACCAUUACGAGCUACGACGGAUUUGUUGUAUACGUCAAUAACCAACAAAAGACGACAGACGUUGUAGCAAAUGACGGGAAGUGGCAUCAUAUCCUAUUCACAUGGUCCUCUAUUCGGGGAGCGUGGAAAAUCUACAUAGACGGCGUGUCGUUCGAUACCGGUUACUGGCUAGCAAAUGGACAAACCAUCAAAGGUGGCGGAAAGUUUGUGAUCGGUCAAGAGCAGGAUAAAGACGGGUCAUACACCAGUGUAGAGUCCUUCGUUGGUCAAAUCACCUACCUUAAUGUCUGGGACCACGAGCUUACUUUCAACGAGAUCGAUGCCAUGAAAACUUCUUGUGAGAGAUUUGUAGGCAAUGUGAUUGCGUGGCCCGACAUACAGAAAGGGCUACACGGCACCUUGAAACCGGAACCGUCUAAUUUCUGUCGAGGUUGUCCAGUGCCCGUGAGUCCUAUUUAUGGGCAUGCCGAGUUCUCAUCCACUGAGCCCGGGGCCACCGUCAAGUACUCUUGUCUGAAGGGAUUUUCGUUCUUGGGUCGAGACGCCAGGCAGUGUCUGGUUACGGGAGAAUGGAGUGGGGUGGAACUUCAGUGUCAACGUGUAUACUGCGGUUUUCCAAACAUGUUAACAAACGGCUACAUAGACGGGAGGGACUAUUACUACGAGAGUACCAUCAGAUACAGAUGUGACAAUAACUACAGACUCAAAGGGCUUGCAAGGCGCUACUGUAACGAAAACGGCACGUGGGAAGGGGACCCGCCAAUUUGUGAAGAGAUCACAUGCGAAUUACCACAGCUUUCAGAGAACACUAUUCCGUCCAAAAGUAAACAAAAUUUUAGAACCAGGGAAGAAGUAUCUUUCAGUUGUAACGUAGGAUACAAGCUUUUAACGGAUCAUGACUUCGUGUCAUGUCAGAAAGAUGGCACAUGGGAUAGAAGUGUCCCCACGUGUGACCCAGAGACCUGCAAACAUGUUCCCACAAUAAACAACGGAAUAGUGUCCGUCACACAAGAGGAGUACUCUGUCGGUUUCAUCCUGACUUACACAUGUGAUCCUGGUUUCCGUCUGUCUGAUACCAAUCCUACAGGACAGGUAACUUGUUUACCUAAUGGUCAGUGGGGAAACAACAUUCCGCGGUGUGAAAUCGUCACAUGCCCACAACCACCAACAGUGCUGAAUUCCGUCGCUGACGUGCAGGGUCUGACAUAUCUCAGUCCUGUUAUUUACAGAUGUGACACUGGUUAUGAACUUGUUGGUCAGACAAAUAUAAUAGAAUGUAUAGAAGACGGGACUUGGGACCCCUUGCCUCCCGAAUGUCAUCCAGUAGAAUGUGGAGACCCUGGCCUAAUUGACAACGGACUUAUUAGUGUCCCAAUGAAUACAUACAACAGUGUUGCUUCCUAUAGGUGUAAGUCUGGUUACAUCAUUAGUGGAAACACCACACGAAGAUGUCAGUCAAAUAAGAAAUGGAGCGGCAAAGCACCUACCUGUUAUCCUGUAUCCUGUGGUCAGCCAGACGAUAUUGAAAAUGGUCUUUUUGAGCAAAAUGGGAAUGUGUUCGGUAGUAUUGCUACAUACGGAUGUUUCUCUGGGUAUGAUAUACAAGGAACGGCAGAACGCACUUGUGAAGCAAAUGGUGCGUGGUCUGGUUCGCCUCCUGGAUGUACCAAGAAGGAAUGCGGUGCCCCUCCAAUCGUUAGACACGGUCAGCAAAGUUCAAGCGGCGUGUACUACCAGGACACUGUUACUUACACAUGUGAAAUAGGGUACAGAUUGAGCGGUUCUGGUACACUGCUGUGUGGAACAAGUGGACGAUGGGAGCCAUCUCCCCCAGUAUGCGAGGCGAUAACGUGCCCAGCACCAUUGACUAUACAAAAUGGUAACUAUACUAUAACUGGCAACUUGUUUGGUUCCAGAGUUGAGUACUUUUGUACACAGGGUUAUAAACUUGCAACGGAAUCAACAAGAGUUUGUCAACCGGACGGCACAUGGUCAAGUAUAUUGCCAUCUUGCGUUGCUGACAAAUGUCCUCUUCCAUCACCGAUUCAAAAUGGAAAAUUUGAUUUCAAGGACAGAUCACUUGGAUCUGUAGUGCUUUAUUCCUGUAAUCCGGGAUACAAAUUAGUUGGCAGUGAUGUUCGCCGUUGUGAAAAUACAUUAUCAUGGAGCGGUGAUGAACCGGUAUGUGCGCCGAAGUCUUGUGUGGAGGCAAAUGAUAUUUCGAAUGGUAGAAAAAAUAUUUCCGGUUUAAUGUACAAUUCCAUUGUCUCAUAUGAAUGUGAAAUUGGAUAUGUCUUGAAGGGUUCUUCUCAACGCACGUGUCAGGCAUCAGGAACGUGGUCAGGAACAGACCCCUCUUGUGAUAUAGUGGUUUGCAAUACACCAUCAAAAGUUAUCUCCAAUGGCAGGAGUUUUGGAAGCUUAUCAACUUACCAAUCCGUUGUAUCAUACGAAUGCGACAUCGGGUACAAUUUGAAUGGGGCUACGAAAAGACGAUGUCUUGCGAACGGUCAGUGGGAUUUCAAGAUACCAAUUUGCGAAGUAGUUCAAUGUCCUCGCCCUCACCUUGCCAAUGGAAUAUUUUCAAAUUUCGAGACCGAGUACUUAUCUAACGUUACAUUUCGGUGCCGCAGACAAUAUGUAUUAUUUGGUGCUGCAGAAAGAACUUGUUUGGAAAGUGGUUUGUGGAGUGGGAUGAAUCCUAUCUGUGUGAAAUGGAAAGAACCACCAGCUGUGGAAUAUGCUUCAGUUUUAAGUAACGGUAACUCGGUCACUUAUUCAUGUCUGUAUGGCUACAAAUUAGUUGGAAACACGAGUCUAGAAUUUCAAUCAGAUGGACAUUGGCAUGGAGUUAGGCCUAAAUGUGUAGCAAUAGAAUGCGAUACAUCUGGCCUCAACAUUGUUAAUGGACAUGUUGAAAUCGGGAAUGUUACUGUAGGAAGUUUGACGAUCUUUCAAUGUGAUAGAGGAUAUACGCUACUUGGAGAUGCAACACGCACUUGCCUGACAGAUGGGAUAUGGAGUGGAUCAAAUCCCAUCUGUAAUAUUGUCUUUUGUCCCGGUAACUUUGAAAUACAACAUGGAAAUAUUUCAGGAACAGCUAAUCAUUUCAACGCGUCUCUCCGAUUUGCAUGUGUGCCUGGAUAUCAGCUAAUCGGUGACGAGAUUAUAACUUGUCUCGCAAACGCAACCUGGAGCGGCUCUAACCCGAGGUGUGAAAGAAUAAAUUGUCCAAUACCUAAAGGAACAGGAGAUCUUUCUGUCUCGUUCACCACACUUAAUGUUGGAAGUAAAGUUGAAUACAAUUGCCCUGAAAAAUACAAAAUAAUUGGAGAAUCCUCUAGGACUUGUCUUUCAUCCGGGGAAUGGUCGGGAGAUGAACCAACGUGUCAAGCGAUGCAGUGCCAAAUUCCAUCUUUGUUGAAUGGCCGAAUAGAUGUGAAAUCAAAUAAUGUAGGAGGCGCUAUUACAUACAUAUGUGAUGAAGGGUAUCAACUGAACGGAUAUAGUUGGAGAAUUUGUACCACCAACGAAACAUGGACUGGAACAGACCCAAAAUGUGUAGCCAUCCAGUGUUCCCCUCCUGGAACCAUAAGCAACGGGAUAAUUCUUGAUAAUGACCGGACUGAAUUCUUUUACGGUGAUAUGGUGCGAUAUAAAUGUAACAAGGGUUACUUGAUGCAAGAUGGAGACACAGACCACAUCUGUCAAGGUUCCGGAUCAUGGUCUGGUCGUCUGCCUACAUGUGUUUCUCUGGUAUGUGGAUCUUUAUCAACAGUUCCUAAUUCGAAAACUAUACCGUUGAACCGCACCUUUACCUUCAAUUCCGUCGUGCAGUAUAUAUGUGCUGACGGAUACCGUAAUCAAAAUAAUGAGAAGGUCCUAAGCAGAUGUCAGUCUAAUGGUGUAUGGUCAGCGGUGACAAUAACAUGUUCUAUAAUUGAAUGUCCAGAAUUCCCCACCAUAGCACACGGAAUCGUAGUAGGAAAGUCUGUGAAUUUUGGAAGUCGUAUAUCGAUCAGUUGUGAAAAUGGAUUUAAACUCAUUGGUGAUGCUCAAAUUACCUGCCUUUCAAAUGGAAAUUGGAGUAUGAGAGAGAUACCUACCUGUCACCAAAUUGUUUGUCCGACACCGGAAUCGAUUGUGAAUGGAAACGUUUAUUUCAAUGAUUUAGCUGCUGGUGUAAAGAUACGCUACAUAUGUAAUACCGGUUUUGAAUUGAUAGGCGACAGCGAGAGAGCGUGCUCUUUUUCUGGAGAAUGGAGCGGAGUACCUCCUGUAUGUCAGCAACAGUUAUGCACAAACCCUCCCACCUACCCUAAUGCUGUUAUCUCCAUUGACCGUACACAGUAUACAGUGCAAGAACCUGCUCUCUACUCGUGUCUUCCUGGAUACACAAUGUCCAUUCAAAGCACAGUUCGCUGCAAUAAUGUCGGCAUUUGGGAAGGGUCAGGUCCAACAUGCACAAAAAUCAAAUGUGAACAACCAAGGUUCCUAACGAAUGGAAAAGCUGACUUUGACGACGUGUCUUAUGGCGAUAAUGUAACCUUUACUUGUCUCGAAGGCUACAUACUCUCUGGAUCUAGAAUUGUUACUUGUCUUGAAACAGGUUUUUGGAGUGGUACAACUCCAAUUUGCAAACCGGUAAAUUGUGGAAGUCCUGAUUAUGUGGAAAAUGGUAUGGUAAUAGGAGAUGUCCAUACAUAUGGACAUAUGGUAACAUACAUUUGUAAGGAAGGAUAUGAGCAAAUUGGAUCAAAGAAUUCAAUAUGUCAGUUGGACGGAACUUGGUCUGGCACUCCUCCUGAAUGUCGCAAAGUUCGCUGUGGUCCACCCCCAGCCGUAACGGAUGCUAGAGUAAAUGGAAACGACUUUUCUUUCCAAGGCAGGGUCUCAUACGAAUGCCAGAAAGGGUACACUUUGAUAGGCAAUUCGACCCUCGAGUGUGGUUCUAAUUCUCGUUGGUACGGUCUCAUACCUCGUUGCGAAAUUGUAUCUUGUGGUGACCCACCUGAAAUAGCACAUGCGACAGUACAAAGUACUGGACGGACAUACAAUGAAAUAGCGACUUACACCUGCGAGUAUGGGUAUUCAAGAAUUGGAGAUCACAUUCUUACUUGCACCGAAAAUGCGACGUGGACAUUGAGUGUAGAUUUGAGCUGCAUUCCAGUUGACUGUGGGCUUCCUCCAAAUGUUUCCAAUGCAGUAGCUGAUGUUACAUCUACUACAUUCCAAUCAUAUGUCGUGUACCACUGCAAUCAGGGAUAUUCUCUUCAUGGAAACAGUCGUGUUCAGUGUGAGGGAUUCGGAUUAUGGGAUACAUCACUUCCUGUGUGCACAAUAGAUCAUUGUGACCCUCCAGUUAUUUCUAAUAAUGUGAGCAUAAUCAGCGGGAGUUACCGUGUUGGAGAUUCUGUGGUAUUUGCCUGUCCUGAUGGUUACAUAAUAUCUGGAAGUGUUACUAGUACAUGUACCGCCAGCGGUGUGUGGAGUUCCAGCGUGCCUGAUUGCAACCAGAGACAUUGCCCUCCUUUGAAUACAUCGGAUUUAGUGUUGAUUCCCACUGUUGAUAAAAACGACUUUGUGUUCGGUGAUCACGUGUCAUUCACAUGUACAGAAGGAUAUGUUAUUGUGGGAAGUACCAGGGUUAAUUGUCGAUCUGAUGGUACCUGGAGCGGAUCUAUACCCACAUGUUCUCUACAAGCUGCAUUAUCUUGUCCUACUGCAACCGGGAUCUCCAACUCACAAGACUUCAAUCAACAAUUUCCCGUUGGUUUCACAAGAACUGCUGUAUGCACACUUGGCUAUGAAGCUGCGGGAAGUUUAGAGAUCACGUGUCAGGCGAACCAAAAGUGGUCGUCUGCCAGUGGGUAUUGUAGAAAGUUAUUCUGUGGGAAACCUCGUGUGACAGAUAUGGUUAAUGUUAUCAGAAUUCAAGGAGGGUCGUACUUUUAUAAAGAUCAAAUCCGAUAUCAAUGCAGAGCUGGCAUUCCUCCAAUGAAGAAUCCCCCAGUCAUCACGUGUAAUGCAACAGGCCAAUGGGAUGACGCAAUAGCCUGUAACAUGCCAUGUAAAGGCGGGUGCAGGAACGGGGGAAUAUGCCUUGGAUACCUUGGAUGUAAGUGUCCCCCAGGAUAUGGCGGGAAAAGGUGUGAAAGAGCAAUCUGCAUUUUGCCAUGUCUUCACCGUGGCCGCUGCAUUGCUCCGUACCAGUGUGCCUGCACAACUGGAUACACAGGAUCCCGAUGUCAGUCUGCUGUAUGUGACCCACCUUGUGAAAACAGAGGCAUAUGUGAAAAACCAAACGUCUGUCAUUGUCAGCAUGGAUUUAAGGGUCAUCUUUGUGAAAGCUCUGAUCUUCGGACGUUUGAGCGGGCAGAACGAGCACGAGAAUCUACCACCAGUUCUACAACUGUGUCUCCGGGCUGGUCCUGGAGUUAAAGCGACAUUUAGUGAUGUCAUGCAACAGUUACCCGGGGCUGGUCUCGGAAGUAAAGCGUCUACAAUUACAUACGUAUAAAACUCUUAAAUGUAUGAUCUUACAACACUGGCAUGCUGUGACUGAAUUUUAGAAAGAAGUGAACUCUUUCAAGAAAGCUUGGAUAAUCAUGAUUUGUAACAACCAGUCCGCGUUGAUGUGUGUUCUACCUGUAAAUCAAUAUAUGCUUGAUAUGCAGAGGAAUGAUGUUACAAAUAAACGUUGUCUUUAUAAAGGUUUAGAAUUCCAUGUUGGUUAGAAUAAGGGAUCAAAUUUCUUUUUCCCAUAAGUUAUGCAUGUUCAAUAAAAUUGCAUUUAUCGUUUUAAUUCAUUUUAGCUCGAUCUACAACAAAUGGUAUGCUAUUUGCGUGAAAACUUAAAACUGGUUGUGCAAAUGCUGCGAUUGAAUGUCAGACACAAGUUGUUUUCAUGAUUCCUAGUAUAUAAAUUGGUGCAAACUAUUAUCCACCCAUGUCUUUCAGAGCCCAAAAAACCUGUCCCCUGCCACCGUAGUCCAACGCAUCUAAUAAACAACACUGUAUGGAGAAGAUAUUAAAGACUACGGAUUCCGGCCUCCAGCACGUUAGUGAAAUUGUCCUUAUGGACUAACAUAUUAUUUCUCACAAUUUCAUCAUGUUUCACGGGGAAAUAUGACCGUAUGUCGGGUCAGGGAUGACCUGUAUGUUGGUUUCUUUCUUUGUGACGUCAUAUAGAGAUUCAUCUUUGUCACCAUCUCGCUGCGUGGAAUGAUCAUAAAUGUUUUCUGAUUGAUGAUCGGACGCAACGACCUCCCUAAGAUGACUAUAUAUGUCGUCUCUGACAGUUAAUUUUAUUUCAGUCGUUUCUACUCCGUCCUCCUGUUCCAAAAUCCUUCUUCCGACAUCAGCUUUGUCCGUGUUGAUGCUUUCAGCCACAGAAUACAACAGGAUCAUUUUCGAGUUAUCAGCAAGUUCAUAAAUGUCAGUUUUAGCCACAAGGUUUGCGUGACACGUGUUGGAUGGAUCUGCAUUCCCUCCUAUAGUUUCUUUUCCCUGGCGUUUCUUCCUAUUUGAAAUAUAUAGUGUGAAAUAUCUUUGUAGUAUUCAUAUUAAUGUGAAAAUAGAUAAAACUUCAAACCGAA